AUGGGGGUUUGUUCUUGGCUUGGUUAUGGGUUGCAUUUUGUGUUUACAAGAAAAUGGGUUUUGGAUUUCCCCAUUGUUCAGCGUCCUCUUUUCUUCAGCUACAAAAUGGGUGUUCGCAAGGCAAUGAUUAGAGGCAUUAGGCUUUCAAGUGCUGGGUACCUAGUCUCAUUAGUGCUGUCGUUUUUCAUUAGUGAGGACAAGGAUCAACUGGUAGUGGGAGGUCUUGGCGAGCAGAUUGUCUUCUAUUUGGCAUCCUGCGUGGUGUUUCUCUGUUGGGAGCUAAAUCGCCAUUUGCUGCAGGUUUUUCUUACAAAGAGAUAUGUAUUUGCUCCGCCAAAGGGAUCAGCAGCAGCAGAAACAAACCCAAGUGAUCAUCUUCUAGCAGCCCUUGAAGAAACAAGUCCAAGAUCAUUUAUGCGUCAUCUUGCUUAUCUUGAUCUCUGCAUGGUGAGUGAGAGUAAUGUUGAUAGCUGGCGCCGAGCUGCCUUUUUUGAAGAAACUGGCGAGACCUACAAAAAAGUGAUAGCUGCAUGCCUGAAGCCUCUGGAACGGCUCACCUUAGAUUUGAGUGAAGGGCCGGGAACAUCCUCUGAGAAAUCAUUCCAAUUGUCUAGUCAGUUACGUUCAUCAACUGCUUCAGGACUCCAUGAACCAUUAAUGAUUUUCAGGAUUCUGGAUUCUUUAGAAACUUACAAAGUUGAUCCUAUAGCGGGGUGCUGGAGAUUUGGAGGCUUGGAGCUGACUAAUUCGACUCUGCAGGUAUGUGCAUGGUGUGCUCGGAUUGCAUCUUCACUGACUAUACGUUCUCACAAAGAAGAUCGUUUUGGGGUUGCUCAACUCUUUGGUUGCAACGCUGCUACAAUAUCCACCCUUUUGUCCUGCUUAUUAGCUGUUGAAUGUUUAAUGGGGAAAAAGACCAAUAUCCAGUCAUCAAACCAAUAUUUAACCGGGCCUGCAACCAUCAAAUGGGCUGCACUGAGUCCUGCAAGGAGAGAAACAGUGACAAAUGGUAUUGCUACAAAUAAAAAAGAGGGACCUCACUACUCAAAAGCCUAUUCCAUGGCUGACAUUCUCAGGACUUCAAUCUACCAAAUUGUUUCAAGUUUCGAAUAUGAAAUGGUUACUAGUUAUAAAGGUGGAUUGCUUGAGAAGGAUUGGAUCGCUAAUGGUAGGCCUCUUUAUGGAAGUCGUGAGCUUCUUGUACAGAAACUGAAAAUGUUUCUUGAACUUCAUGCUAACUAGCGAAUUUUCUGGCGGCACCAUUUUUUUUCUUAGAACCAUCAAUGUGCUCAGGUAUACAAGUGUCGACUACAUUUUGCCUAAUGUUUUAGUUCACCUGCUAUAAUGUACAAACAUAUGAUGUUAGCAACCUUAAAAGGGAGAGAAACUGAGUUCAUCGUA